UCAGCCAGUUAGGAGGAUUCGCUAGAAGUUCUUGACUCGAGCUAACUCUACUAACAUUCGGGACCAGGGAGGAAAUCCUCGACCUCUCGAAGGACUCGGUCCGCCUCACACGUCCAACAUGGACGGCCGCCGGUUGCCGGCCGGGACCGUACCUAUCCGCAAUCGAAUCGAACAGGAAGUGAGAGCAAUCAGCGGGAAGAAGUGCACGGCCGAGGAGAAUGGAAGGGAUGAAAAUGGCAGAAAGAGAAGGGAGAGCCUGGAAGGAGAUUCUCGUUCGGCGGUGGAGAUCAAAAAUAGGACGUAUGGUCACCAGCAUAUUUCCAUAAAUGAGUUCUCCGGUUACAGAGUCUAUUUCCGUUCUGGGCCGGCGACCGGUGUUGCAGCCAAUUACAAUCGGUUCCAGCAAAACGAUUUACGAGUUCCGAGGCCGGAACUAGGGAUCUACUGUGCGGAGUAACACACGAAGUUGUUAAAACGACAGAAUAGAGCAGUCAAAUUCUCGCGUGUUUUUUUUUUUUUUUUUUUUUUUAAUCGUCGCGGAGGAUAAUGAUCGCGAAAGAUUGUGAUUACGAGGGAAAGGCUUAGAGAGCCUGACGUCAGUGAGCUUCUGUGACGUAAUCGGUCUUUGAACUAUAGUUACGGAUUUAUAUUAAGUCACGAGUAGAGUACGAAUUUUCGCGCAAUGAACAUAUUGUUGUAAAUGCAUCUUAAUUUAGUGCUGUUGAUACAAUUUAACGCUAGAAUUGUCAACAACUAAAGCAUGAAACUUGUAUCGUGAUAAUUGCACAAAAUAGGAAAUAAUUUUUAGCACGGCAAAGGACACAAUGUUCCUACAUAAACAUUAUUCACAUUUUAUAAAUACUUUUUAUGCAUCGUUGGAAAUCUAUAAAUUAAAUAUGUACGAAAUCUAUGUGAAACUAAAAUAUGGAAAUUUAGAAGAAAUUACGAAUUAUUAUUGUGAUCAUUUUGAUCACUUUGGUAGUUCGAAUGUUAAAUAAUGUACAGGAUACUGUACAAUUUGAAUACUUUAUAUAUUUUUGCAUAUUAUGUACAUUCUCUAUAGUUUUGCAUUAUUAAAUUUCCUAUAAAUGCAUAAAAUAAAUCUACAGUCAAUUAUAGUUAUAAGUAAUGUGAAUUUUCAGAGAGCCGAGUUUAUAAUAAGUUAGAACACGGUCUAACAUAUCAUUCAGAUUUUGUAAGAAGGGAAUAGAAAACAGUUU